CGCCAUUUAGCGCGGAGACGUCCCCGGGGCGGCCGCGGCGGCUCCCGCUCCCUCCUCCCCGCCCCGCCGCGGCGCGGGGCGCCACCCGGACUCGGCUCACCUGUGGCGGUGGCGGGCGGCCCCCGGUGAGGAGAGGCUGCGAGCCGCGGGCGGGGGGCAGGAGGAGGGUUUCCGGCUCCGUGCGAGGCGGCGGCGGCGGCCGCUGUUGGAGAGGAGCGCGGCCCGGCCCGGCCGCGCGCGGGCGGUGGCUGCCUGCCGGGAGGUGGAGGCCGCGGCCGCCAUGGGCGCCCCUGUGAGGCGGGGCUGAGCCCCCGGGCCCCCUUUCCUUGCCCCCUCAGCGGGGUGAGAGCGCUGGGGCCUGCCCAGGCCUCCCCCGCCCGGUGUGAGUGACUGAGCGCGGCAGCUUCCUCCGCGGCCGGCGUGCGGGGCCUGCCCCCCUCGCCCUACCUCGCCUCCCGGCCCCUUCCCUUCCCCUCCCCGCCGGCCCUCGCUCCGGGGGGCACCCGGACCUGCCCCGCUUUCUCUCCAUCGCCGGGGAAUAAUUGCAGCGCGCUCCCCUCGCCUUAAAGCAGCCGGGCGAGGCACCGGCUUCUCCCCAGUCGGGGGCCUGCCUCGGGGCGCUUCCCUCCCCGGCCGGGCCCAGUGCUCGGGUUUUCCCGCCCCUGGCCGUCCCUAUCCCCGCGCCCCGUCUCCGCUCCUGGUGCUCCAUGUCGGCCCCGCUGCCCGGCUCCUUGCUGCAGCAUGGAUGCAGACACUGACCGGGGACCCACCCCGCCGGCCCACCCUCCCCAGCAGCCGCCUCCCAGCUCCGCCGUAAGGAGCCCUUGGGACCCUCCUCUGUUGCAGCUGCAACAGCAGCCGCGGACAGGCGCGCUCCCCGCUCAGUGACCGGCCCCUUCCCUCGCCUCCCCCCCACCCCCCGCCGCCGCUGCCGCCACCUCGCCCUAGCAGCGCUCCCCCGGGGCAUGAUGUCGGGGGGCGCCGCAGACAGCGGCACCCCGGCUCCUCGCUUCCUGGCUCCCCCGCCGCCGCCGCCCAAGAACGGUUCCAGCUCGGACAGCUCCAUCGGGGAGAAGCUGGGAGCCGCCGCCGACCACGGAGCCUCCGGGACCGGUGGAGCAGGCGGCGGAGCAGGGAGCGGAGGCCGUAGCGAGGAGUACCGGCGCCGCCGCCACACCAUGGACAAGGACAGCCGAGGGGCGGCAGCCACAGAGCACCGCUUCUUCCGCCGUAGCGUGAUCUGCGACUCCAACGCUACGGCCUUGGAGCUGCCCAGUCUGCAGCCCGCAGCGCCCUCGGCCCCUGUCUCGGGAGGCAGCGCUGCUCCGCUGGUCUCUCCUCCCGAGUGUGCCAGCCGGACCUCUUGCAUCGCUGUCAGCGCCGCCCAGGCUCCCUCGCUGCUGCAGCAGCCGCCGCCGCCUGCCCCGCUUCCCCUCGAAGGACAGUCUGCUCAGGAGCCCCCUGCCGCGAAGGAUGCCGCCCCGCUGCUGCCCAAGGAGGAGGAGGACGAGACAACUGCGCUACCCCCCACCAGUGCCGCUGGCAGCGCGUCAACUGCCAGCCGGGAAUUUGAGGAGCGGAGAACACAGCAGGAGGACAUCGAAGAGCUUGAGACGAAGGCAGUGGGCAUCUCCCCGGAUGGCCGCUUCCUGAAGUUUGACAUCGAGAUUGGAAGAGGCUCUUUCAAAACUGUGUAUAAAGGACUGGAUACGGAUACCACAGUGGAAGUCGCCUGGUGCGAGCUGCAGGAUCGGAAGCUGUCCAAGUCAGAGCGACAAAGAUUUAAAGAGGAAGCUGGGAUGCUGAAAGGGCUUCAGCAUCCCAAUAUUGUCAGGUUCUAUGAUUCCUGGGAGUCUACAGUCAAAGGAAAAAAGUGUAUUGUUCUUGUGACGGAACUCAUGACAUCUGGAACAUUGAAAACGUAUUUGAAAAGAUUUAAAGUGAUGAAAAUUAAAGUACUACGAAGCUGGUGCCGUCAGAUACUGAAAGGCUUACAAUUUCUACACACGCGCACUCCUCCCAUUAUUCAUAGAGACUUAAAAUGUGACAACAUCUUCAUUACUGGCCCCACUGGAUCAGUCAAGAUUGGAGACCUUGGUCUGGCAACCCUGAAAAGAGCUUCUUUUGCCAAAAGUGUGAUAGGUACCCCAGAGUUCAUGGCCCCCGAGAUGUAUGAGGAGAAAUAUGAUGAAUCCGUUGAUGUAUAUGCUUUUGGGAUGUGUAUGCUAGAGAUGGCUACGUCUGAGUAUCCUUAUUCCGAGUGCCAAAAUGCUGCGCAGAUCUACCGUCGAGUGACCAGUGGUGUCAAGCCAGCCAGCUUUGAUAAAGUAGCAAUCCCUGAAGUGAAGGAGAUUAUUGAGGGAUGCAUUCGGCAAAACAAAGGCGAAAGAUAUGCUAUUAAGGACCUUUUGAAUCAUGCUUUCUUCCAAGAAGAGACUGGAGUACGGGUAGAACUAGCAGAGGAAGAUGAUGGAGAAAAAAUUGCCAUUAAACUCUGGCUGCGAAUUGAAGACAUCAAAAAACUCAAGGGCAAAUAUAAAGAUAAUGAGGCAAUAGAGUUUUCCUUUGACUUGGAGAGAGAUGUCCCAGAGGAUGUGGCACAGGAAAUGGUGGAAUCUGGCUAUGUCUGUGAAGGGGAUCACAAGACAAUGGCGAAAGCUAUCAAGGACAGGGUAUCUUUGAUAAAGCGAAAGCGAGAGCAGCGUCAGUUGGUGCGAGAAGAACAGGAGAAGAAGCUUCAGGAAGAAGGUAGUCAGAAGCAGCAGCUGGAGCAACAGCAACCAUCAAGUGCUUCCCAUGCAGGGUCAAAGCAUCCCCUAUCUGUCACUGGUACUACUCCUGUCCCCACUACUUCAGCAUCGGUUUCUACACAAGUGGAGCCUGAAGAACCAGAAGCUGAUCAACACCAACAACUGCAGUUCCAGCAACCCAGUAUAUCUAUUCUUUCUGAUGGGACAGUUGACAGUGGCCAGGGGUCAUCUGUUUAUACUGAAUCAUGUGUGAGCAGUCAACAGACUGUGUCGUAUGGUUCCCAGCAUGACCAGUCAAUCUCAACGCCUGCAGUCCAGGGAUAUGGAGCUUCAGUUGGCCAAGUGCAGUCACAGCAGCAUGGAGGAUAUCAGCCACCUGCAGUGCCUCAGCAUCCGCGUGGGGGAACACCAACGUUCCCAGAUUCCCAGAUAUUUUUCCCAACCGUUCAUGAACGGCCGGUGUCUUUCUCGCCACCACCUGUCUGCCCGCCGAAGGUGGCAGUUGCUCAGCGGCGCAAGAGCACUUCAUUUUUGGAAGCCCAAACUUGCCACUUCCAGCCAUUGCUGAAGACUGGCCAGAGUUUAGUUCCACCUGGUGGUAGUCCCACCAAUUGGACACCAGAGGCAUUUGUUAUGCUGGGCACAGCAGCUCAGAGAGUCGCUGGAGAGCCUCUGCAUGUGCAAGUUAAUCCCGUGUUUGAGCCAGCUCCUGUCCACAGUGACUAUAGAUCUGGACCAACACCUCCAGAGGAUGCUCACUACAGAAUGCAUCCAGAAGCUGUAUAUUUGGUGGGCAUGCACUAUCCAUCACAGACACAGGUGCAAGGCCAGUCAGCCUCAAGCAGUGCAUCAGUGCCAUCCCAGCCCACCCAACACACUCAGCAGAAUGCACAGCAGCCAGCCUCUUCCCAACAGCCUGGACAAUACCAGCUGCAGCAGUCGUCAGUUUCUGCUGGCGCCACUCCCACACAAACUGUCUCUCAAACUCAAACUUCACAGAUUAUGCCAAUGCCUCAGGCAGCAGCUGGGACACAGCUUCCUGUUUCCCAACCAGUGUCGAUCAUCCAAGGCGAGCCUCAAUUACCUGUUGCAGCACCUUCUCUCUCUCAGCCUUCAGUUGCCCCAUCAGUCCCCAUUGGCUCUCAUUUUCUACCCAUGGGACAGCCCUUGCCAACUUCCAUGGUUCCCCAGUUCUCAGUCUCUCAGUUGCCCGUAGCAGCUCCUCAUGUGUCAGUGGCUCAGCCAGGUUUCCAGUCACUGCCCAUUUCAAUGGCAGCUGGCAUGAAUCAGCCAUUGCUCACACUGGCAACAUCUGCUGCGGCAACCGCUGUCCCUGUAGGAUCAACUGUUGUCCCUAGCCAGCUUCCCGCACUGAUGCAGCCUGUGGCUCAGUUGCCCAGCCAGGUUCUCCCGCAGCUCCUACAGCCGGCUGUCCAGUCCGUGGGAUUGCCGGUCAGCAUUGGACAAGCUGCUGAAGCUUCACUUCCUGCUGGAGAUGCUCUUUACCAGGGCUUUCCAUCUCGGCUGCCGCCUCAGUACCCAGGGGACUCGAAUGUUGCAUCUUCCUCUGCUGUGGCCUCUGUUAGCAUUCCUUCUGCUGUGCUGUCCCCUCCCUUACCCACAGAUGCAAUGGCUCAGCCAGGCUAUCUUGCUCCUGUCGUGCAGCCGUAUGUGGAGCAGAACGUUUUAGUUCCCAUGGGCAGCCUAGGAGGACAGGUUCAAGUGCCCCAGCCUACAGUGAGUUUAGCACAACAGGCCUCAUCUGCCUCCUCGCAGCAAGCAGUGUUGGAGGGUACUCAGGGAGUCUCGCAGACUGCUCCUUCAGAGACCCUUCCAGCAGCACAGCCUGCUCAGUCUACCCCUUUGGCUUCCUCUAUGGAUAGUGCGCAUUCUGAUGUUGCUUCAGGAUUGAGUGAUGGCAAUGAGAAUGUUCCAGCUUCUAGCGGAAGGCACGAAGGGAGGACUACUAAACGUCAUAUGCGGAGAUCUGUCCGCAGUCGCUCUCGCCAUGAGAAGAGUGCUAGGCCGAAACUGAGAAUUCUGAAUGUUUCAAAUAAAGGUGAUCGGGUAGUGGAAUGCCAGCUAGAGACACACAAUCGGAAAAUGGUUACUUUCAAAUUUGAUUUGGAUGGUGACAAUCCUGAGGAAAUAGCUUCAAUUAUGGUGCAGAAUGAGUUUAUUUUAGCAACUGAGAGAGACUCAUUCGUAGAACAGGUACGAGAGAUUAUUGAGAAAGCAGAUGAAAUGCUAAGUGAGGAUGUAAGUGUGGAGCCAGAAGGUGAUCAGGGUUUGGAGAGUAUGCGGACAAAAGAUGAUGGCUUCUUUCCAGGAUCGCAGAAAUUAGAGUUCAAACAGCCAGAUCCUACAUCUUCCAUGCCACAAAGAACAGGGGUUCCUCCUAGCUCCUUUACCCAGGUUGUCCAUUCUGCAGGAAGACGGUUUAUUGUUAGCCCUGUCCCUGAGAGUCGGUUAAAAGAACAGGGCUUUUUCACAUCUGCUGUUCCUGGAGGAAAAGAAACUCCGGAUAUGGUUGCUGCAUCUCCGCUGCAUGGUCCUGGAAUGAAUCUCUCCCACUCAGCAUCAUCACUGAGCUUGCAGCAAGCUUUCUCUGAGAUGGGGCAUGCUCAAAUGACAGAAGGACCUAGUACAGCUCCUCCAGUGUUCAACCAAACAAUACCCCCAUUUCCACCUGCACUUUCUACCAUGGCGGGCAGCGGUGCACCUCCUGUGUCUGUGGCUGCUUCUUCAAUAUCUGUUCCCUCCAGCACAGGUGUUUCUCUUCCAGGAUCUGUUACUUUGCCUGCAGAAAGUGCAAGUGUUGGAGUUGCACCAAGUGCAAGUGUGCCAAGCUCUGUUUCUCCACCUCCAGCCUCACAAUCUGGACAGCAAUCGACAGGUGUCGCUUCCAGUGUGAGCGCCUCUGCUUCUUUCUCCUUACCUACCACAUCCCAGCCUGCUCAGCCGGUAACUGGAGACAUUGCCCCCAGUAUCAGCACACCAUCGUCUUUGGCACUGCCAUCUACCCAGGUUCCUGGUGUCACUGGUCUUGGUGUCGUUGCACCAGCUGUGACAUCUCAGUCUACUCCUCAGAUUGUAAGUAGUAUGGCAGCACCACAGACAUCUGUUGCUCUGUCUCUGGCUCAGAAUGUGGCUUUGCAGCUUCCUCAGCUUAGUAGCAGUGGCUCUGUCUCCAGUCUGGCAGAAACAACAGUUGUAAGCGCUCCACAGUCACUACCUGAGAGUGGGCAGUCUAUGGAUAAAUCACAGCUCUGCAAUGCAGCUGGCUUAUCUCUUCCAAUCUCUGCACCUUUAUCAUCCUCAGUAGCAACAAGUGUAUGUGGUUCAGUCACUCAGCCAGUGAUACAUCCCUUACUUGUCCCAUCAGGAAUUACAUCAACACCUGUCCUACCCCAGAUUCCAGGUGCAACACCCAUGUUGCCCCAGGUUCCCUUACCUGGUGUCUUACCACAACCAGUCACUAACUUGCCUGCAGUACAGCAAACUUUGAUACACAGCCAGCCUCAACCAGCUCCGUUACCCAAUCAGCCUCAUAUUCACUGUCUGGAAGCUGAUGCUGAUGCUCAGUCUAAAGCUCCUGGUAUUGAUGAUAUAAAGACCCUGGAAGAAAAGCUACGGUCUCUCUUCAGUGAACAUGGUAACGUGGGAACAGUGCAUCCAUCAGUAUCUCUGGAGACAUCAUUGGUAAUGGAAACUACAGUUAUUCCUGGGAUACCAACCACUGUUGUUGCACCAACGAAACCCCUGACAUCCAUCAGCACUUGUAUACCUCCAAGCAGUUUGCCUCUUGGAUCAACCGGCUUGCCAGUACUGACGCCAGUUGCCACUCCUGGGCAAGUGAUCACCCCAGUCAGCUAUAUUUCGGCAUCGAGCAGCAUUGCAACAGCAGUAGUGAAACCAGGGACCUCUCCUUCAAAGCCCCCUCUUAGCAGGGUACCGGUGCUACCAGUAGGUUCUGAACUUCCGGCUGGCACUCCAUCCAGUGAGCCGCUGCCACCUUUUCCAGGACCUUCACUAACUCAGUCCCAACAGCCACUGGAAGAUCUGGAUGCUAAGCUGAGAAGAACCCUUAGUCCAGAGACUGUUCCAGUGACAUCUGCUCCUGCCUGUUCUGUGCCCUCAGUAGCAUCUACAAUGGUUACCGGGCUGGUGUCCACAGCAACGCAGUCUCUGAAGGAUGCUUCAGCAUCCUGUGGUGGAGAGAGCAGUGCUACAGCUACCACAGCAGGAGCAGGUGUUCUUAAAAUGGGACGAUUUCAGGUAUCCGUGGCAGUGGAUGAUGUGCUAACAGAGGGUGACAAACCUGAAACUAAGCCGGUGCAAUUUGAAACCACCUCCACUGAUUCUUCGUCUCUUUCUGGCAGUAGCCCAGAGAGUACACUGGUAAAGCAGGCUGGCAGUCGGAAAAGCGAGGCUGUCGCUGACUCUUCCUUGGAUGUGGUAGAUGGCAUUCCUCAGACAGUUCCUGUGCUGCAAUUACCAGUAGAUGUUGGUCAGCCUACUAAGGUUGGGCGCUUUCAGGUAACAACAACAACGGAUCAAGUGGGGCGCUUUUCGGUGUUAAAGACUCAGGAUGAGGUCAGCUGUGCAGAGAAGGAGCCAAUGACUCUUCCUCUCUCUGUGGGCUUGGAACAAGUUGCUUCUUCAGCUGCAGCUCCGAAGAAAGAGUUGGAGUCAAGGCAGUCCCCACACAUGAACGGUCCGUCCUCUGAACCAGAGGCUGCUUUCUUAAGCGGGUUGGCUAAGGAUUUGGAUGACGGCUCGGGGAGCCCAGACUCCCUCCAGCCCCUGGGGUCAAAGAUCAGCCUCCCUGUUCAGAGCCUUAGCAACUCGUUCAACUCUUCCUACAUGAGCAGUGACAAUGAGUCAGAUAUUGAAGAUGAAGACUUGAAAUUGGAACUCCGUCGGUUACGAGAGAAGCACCUUAAAGAGAUCCAGGAGCUGCAGAGUCGCCAGAAGCAGGAGAUUGAGUCACUGUACAUGAAAUUGGGAAAGGCCCCACCUGCAGUAAUUAUUCCCCCAGCUGCACCCCUUUCAGGAAGGAGGAGACGACCUACUAAAGGAAAAGGCAGCAAGUCCAGUCGUAGCAGCUCCCAGGGAAACAAAAGCCCUCAACUAUCAGGCAAUCUGUCAGCUCAAAGUGCACCAUCAGUCUUGCCCCCACAGCAAACUCUUCAUCCUCCUGGUAGUGUGCCAGAGACUGGGCAGAACCAUUUGUUACAGCCCCUCAAACCUUCACCUUCUAGCGAAAAUCUCUACUCUGCCUUUACCAGUGAUGGUGCCCUUUCGGCACCAAGCCUUUCGGCACCAGGCCAAGGCUGUGCGAAGUUUAACUGUGCAUCUGAGAGAGUGACGUUCAAGCCUGGUGGCAGGAGGACCCGAUUUCUGAGUACGCCCUGCUUGGCUCUUUGGAAGAUGGUGAAAAAAGUCUGUCCUUGCAACCAGCUCUGUAGGACCAGCAGCACUAACACAGUUGGGGCUACAGUGAACAGCCAAGCACCCCAGUCUCAGCCUACUGCUAUUGCCUCAAGCCGGAAAGGGACUUUCACAGAUGACCUGCACAAGCUGGUAGAUAACUGGGCCCGAGAUGCCAUGAACCUGUCUGGCAAGAAAGUUGGCAAAGGGCAUAGCAACUAUGAGGGCCCUGGAAUGGCAAGAAAAUUCUCGGCACCAGGUCAGCUCUGUAUCUCUAUGACAUCUUCCCUGGGUGCUACGCCCAUCUCUGCAGCAUCAGCUACCUCUUUAGGUCCCUUCACAAAGGCUAUGUGCCCUCCGCAGCAGUACGGUUAUCCAGCAGCGUCUUUUGCUGCUCCGUGGAGUGGGACGGGUGGUCCAGCACAGCCACCGCUCGGCCAGUUCCAGCCCGUAGGUGCCGCAUCUUUGCAAAGCUUCAACAUCAGCAAUUUGCAAAAAUCGAUCAGCAACCCUCCAGGCUCCAACCUGCGGACCACUUAGCUGUGCUCAGAGACCAUGCUGGCUAGACCUUGGGACAGGACAUGGGGAGGGAGAUGGGGCCCUGUAUCAACUACUAGUGCUGCAAUGAACUGGUAGCUUGCCAGACUGGGAAUGAAUUUCUCUUUUCCAACCAUUGCUGUCAACUCUCUGUAAAGGGAGUUUCCCCGCACACUUUCAAGGGGGAGGAGGAUGAUCAGCAUCCUUAUGAUGGGACAGUGCUUUUGACCAAGGGGUUCUGCUCUUGCAUGGAACAAGAGCUGUGAAGAGAAGUCAUAGGGUCAGAUAAUGCAGUCUUGCUGUAAAAUUUCUAGUUUGAGGCUGAAUCCACACGUGUUGAGGUGGGAGAGCUGAAUCCUAGCAUGAGGCUUUAGCACGCUUCUCAUCUCUCCCUGAAGAAACAAGACCAGGAGAAAAGCUGUCCAAAUCCCCCUCCUCUCCCUCUCCCCAGUCAAUUGUAUCUGGCUCCAAAAUGAUGGGGCACACGAAUGGACUUGCAGUGCAGCCCGUGCUUGAUAGGUCAUUACUGCUUUAAGUAAGAUAUUAACAGCUUUGACUGCAGCAUUAGAGCAAUUUAAAUUGUUUAAAAAUUUUUAAAAGUUCCCUGCGGACAUGUACUUACCAUCAGUUUUGAUGUGGAAACACUGUGAUAUAUAAAUGUUGUUGGACAACAGUAGUUUAAAAAUGAGUGGAAUAUAGAGGGUUAAAAAAGUUAAAAAGAAAAAAAUGGGAAAAAAAGCUAGCUAUAUCCUUAUACUUAUUGGAGACACUUUAACUUUUUCCUUUGUAUUUUCAUUGUAUUAGAUAAAUAAAUGUGAAUGUAAAAUUGUAUAAAUUAAUGUACUUGAAUACUUGUCUGUUCUCCCAGUAUGCUUGCUGGAUAUUUUAGUGCCUUGGACUUCUAUUGCUUCUGCAGUUAGCAUCGUCUUCCCAGCAGACCCCCAGGUGGACAGAGGGCAAGUUCAGAGAAGGAUGGAUUAUUUGUACCUAGUGACUGGGACAUUGGAGUUUAUUUAGUGAUAUCUUUACUGUUUAGAGUAGGUGUAUGGAGGGGGAAGUCAUUGAGGCAGCGGGUUGGAACAGCAUUCUGUGUGUUGGGGAAACUUGUCCAGGCGGGCAGAUCUGAAGUUGCUGGUGUGACAGGGGCCAGGUGGGGGUGGGACGGAGGGUUGUGGGUGAAGCUAAAACAAGACUAACCAAUAUUGUCUACGGAGGUGGGAGGUCUGGAUCAGAAAUGGAGAGAGGAUGGGGAGAACGUGUAUCUUUGGGAAAGGCCCAACUUAAGAUGCAGUUUGACUCCACCUGCAAAGUGGUAAAGAUGUUUGGUCAGGAUGUGACUUGAGGGAGAGGUGCCAUUGCUCGUUGGCAUGGGCUUGUCUGCUGGGAUUGCUUUUCUUACCUUUUUUUUUGGUAAAAUCCAUUUAAGCCAGGAAUAGACUGUCCUGGUGCAACGUCCAUUGCCGGCAAUGGAUGUACUUGAAACAGCCGGCAUCAAUAAGUUUCCUCUGUCUUACUUGGAGGAUUUACGAUUUUGUUCGCUCUAACAAAUUUCAAGCUGGUACCAGGACUGUAACUAUUUGUCACCUCUUAGUAACUGUACUGUACCUUCUGCUUUGGUCAUUCUCCCUUCUCAUAUUUAGAAAAUACUGGUUUCCUCCUCAAAGUAAAAAUAAUACCAGCCAGUAUUCAUGUAGUGCUGCAAAAAGCUGUGAAGGAUGAGGGCACUGCUUCCUGGUACUUGGGAGUAGCUGACGGGUGUCCUGGAGGCUGGCGCAUCACGGAGAUGUUACUUGCCUGAAUUGUUUUCUAGGAGCGCUGUUCCCCCAGGGAGUCUUAAUGAGUUUUUCUGUCUGCGGAUGUUCUCACUCUUUUAUUUUUACAAAGAAAUGCGCAAGAUCCGUUCCUUUCCUGUCAUUUUUUUUACAGCAGUUUUGGCAGCAAGGGCAGGUACGGGCUGGAGAUGAACGCCUGAGGGCGAAAGCUAGUGGCGAGGUGGCUGGGCUCGAGUCCCUGAGAUUUGGGGGUUUAUUCGUUGUAACUGAAGUGCAGACUAGAGCUACAGAAUGAGGGAGGAGGCUCAUGGUGUGCGUGUGGUGGAAGAGGGGGGAGAAAGCAGGGGUCCCGGCGGCUGAAGUGAAACCGGGAACCUCUGCUCUUCCCUCUGAAUGGACGCAGAGAAGUUUCCUGAACAUGCCCAGUGCGAGGGGGGAGGUGUGCUCUGGAAACAGCAGUGACAAACCCGAGGCAGUCAUGAAACAAGGGGAGUAUUCAUGGCAGGGGAACCAAUCGGCUGGAUGCAGCAUGUGGUUAUUUGAUUUUGAUCUAAUACGUUUGAGGUCGUUUCUUCACUUAAAUGUUAUGUAAGAACUGGUUUUAUUUACCAUUGAUUUCCGCCCCCCCCUCCCCCCCUGCCUCCUGUGGAUGAAUAACUGAAGUCUAGAGGAAUAAACUAAUGCUACUGAACUGUUAAAUUAUUUUGUUUAAUAUUACACUUUGAGUAUCUUUUUCCACAUAAAAUCUGUUUCUGAAUUACAACCGUUUUCUUUACAUUAUUUAACAAUGUACACUGUAAAAAAUAAAAAUAAAAAAAAUAAAAUGAAUUGAAACUUUGGGCUUCCCUGGCCGUAGUUAGUUGUAUGUUUUGCACUAAACCCAGGCACUGCGCUUCUUGUACGAUUGCGCUUUGUGCUGCAAUUUGUUACCUUUGUAGAAUAUUUAAUGAAGUCAUUCAAAUAAACCAAACCUGCUUUUGUUGA